UGAAAAUCAGACUGAUAUUGAGCGCGCAGUAGCGUUUUUCCGCAAAACGCCAAGAAGGGUGUCCUGUAACCUUAAGGGACGAUUUUGAUCAAAAUCGUUUAGAUUUGAUGACUGAAGUGUCGGAUUUGAAACAUAAUUUAUGUGAAAAACAAGCUAAAAUUGAAUCGCUAGAGUCAGAAUUAGCUACACUUAAAGGGAAUUACAAAACUGAUUCUGAAAGUACGAGAAAUAAACCAGAAAGUAUAGAUAUUAAGCUGACAGGACAAGGCGAAAGUAUAAUAGAGCUCAAACAAUCAACCCAGAAAAUAUGCAAAAAAAUUGACAAUUUGAAAAAAUAUGCAAAUUCUAACAUUAAUGAUGCGGAACGUUCAUUUAAAAACAUUCAAAAUCAAUCGAAUGCUACUAAUCAAAAUUUAGACAAUGAUAGGCCUAUGGCGAUUAACAUCGAGUCAGAGGAUCCAAACGAUAAUAGUAAUGAUAAUAGGUCCGAAAUAACAUUUGCUGCGGUGGUAAAACAAAAAGCUAAUCAUUCCCUAGAGUCAAACACAAAAAGAUCAGGUUCAGAAAAUACCAUUAUUUCACUAGAACAUGGAUUGACUAACCAAAAUCAAUCGGAAGUGAAUAACAAUCAACAGAUCGUCCUCGACGAUAAUACCAACUCUGAAUUUGUUGGUGUAGCAAGAAGAGUGGUAAAGAGAUUGUAUCUCGGUUGA